AUGUCGAUACCCACUGCGACAGCCAUCACGGCGGCCACCUUUCACCAUCCUCCUCCUCCUAUCCCCCAGACUCCUCCCACACGUCGAGCCCUGCGCAGACCAAGCAACACUGCAUCCACGCCAAACCUCAAGUCGGCAUACGCUUCGCACUCGCGACGGGCGUCCCGGGCUCCACUCUCGCGCAGGACCUCACUGGCGACCCUGACGCAGAGCUCUCUUCUGCCCAGCAUCCCCAAUGAUAAACACGACGCAGCAGACAUCUACCACGACGAGAAUCUGAUUGACCGCCCGGGGUCGCGAUUCACAAUGGCGCCCGCAACGCCUGGAAGGACCAUGCCUGAAGAUGUAGACGUGGGCGACGCUGUCGAUGUGCCCGGCAACAUGCAAGGUAUCGUGCGCUUCGUCGGACCCGUCCAGGGCAAGAAGGGCAUAUUUGCUGGUGUCGAGCUCGACGCCCAGUAUGCGGCGCGCGGAAAGAACAACGGCGACGUCGACGGUAUCUCCUACUUUGCCACAUCGAUACCUGGCGCCGGUAUUUUCUUGCCUGUCGCCAAAGCUAUGAGACUGGACUCGGGCAUGUCGUUCCCCGCGACACCCAGCUCUGGGCUCAAGAGCGGAUCGCAGAACUCGACCAACUACACCCCUCCGACGCCUGGGCUGCCCAAAUUCAGCAUGUCCGUGGGGCCUGGCGCAAGAGCUCCGAGCCCUCAGGGGAAGCGGUCAGCACCACGAAGUUCACUUGCUCGACCCGACUCACCCGUCCGCCGAACGCAGAUGACUCCUGGCCCUCGGCCGUCGAUCGCAGGACCGGCAAAGACGCCUUCACGCUACGGGAGCCCGACAAACCGAUUCGCUCAGAGUGUGCGAGGCACCGCUGGUGAUCCCAGCAAGAGGCUGCCUGCCGUGGAUCGCAAACCUAGCAUGCCCCUUCGCAGUGCCUCUGCGCUAGGUUCCUUCGAUGAUGACCUCUCGGGAAUGGGCCUGCCGCGAUCCAAGACAAAUGGCAAUGUCGGCGCGGCCACUCCAUUCGUCACAGCACCGCGCUCUCCCACGCGUUCUGCUUCACGGGCCAACGUGCGCAACGGCGAAGAGAUAGAGCGCCUCAAGGCGCAGCUCGAGGACAAGGAGAAGCAGCUGAAAGAGCAAUCUGCCACGCUGAACGAGAUGGAGAGCAGUCUCACGGAGCUCCAGGGCCUUAUGGAGAACGCUGGAGAUCUGAGGGAUGGUUCCAGCGAGUUUGCUGACAAGGACACCUCCCAACUGCGCAAUCUGCUCCGUGAGAAGAAUGAGAAGAUUUCCAUGCUCACGUCUGAAUUUGAUGCGCACCGCGCCGACUUUCGCAGCACGAUUGACGCCCUCGAGAUGGCCAGCACGGAAACCGAGAGGGUCUACGAGAAGCGCAUGGAAGAGCUCAUGGCAGAUAUCAGGGAACUCGAGUCUCGCAACGUGGACGUCGAAUCGGUCGCGACACAACUCAGGCAGCUCGAGGAACUGGUGCUGGAGCUUGAAGAGGGACUAGAGGACGCCCGCAGAGGAGAGGCCGAGGCGCGAGGCGAAGUAGAGUUCUUGCGUGGUGAGGUGGAAAGGACGCGCACCGAGCUGCGACGGGAACGAGAGAAGGGCGGGCAGGUGCAGAGUCCGAUCAUGGAAAAGGGGUCGAUGAAGGAGCUGGAGGCCAAGGACGACGAGAUCAGGGGCCUCAAGGCCAUCAUUCACUCGCUCAGCCGUGACUCGGCCAGUGAGCCGCGGUCACCUCCCCAACGACCGGGCUCGCUCAUUGCAAACGACGUCAUUGAGCAGAAGAUUGCCCGUGAUAACCUUGAGCGACAAGUGGCCGAGUUGCAGUCCAUUUUGUCCCAGAAGAGCAGCCGCGAGCAGGAGUUGAUGCAGGAGCUCGAGAAGAUUCGCGUCGACAGCAGCAACAGCAACAGAAACAAUGUUAACAAUACCCACCAACAGAGGUCGUCGCUCAGGGACUCUCGCGACACGGUUGUCCUGGCCGCCGCCAACGAGAACCGAUUCUCUGGCCGUGCAAACAAUGUCGGCGAAAGCGACAACCAGUCCAACGCCACCGAGCAUAGCACUCUCUGGUGCGAGAUCUGCGAGACCAGUGGCCACGACAUUCUGACCUGCACCAACAUGUUUGGGCCUGAUGGUGGAAAGCCGACGGCGACGGAUGAUGGCCGCAAGCAGUCGACGCCCAAGUUGGCCAACGACAAUGCCCUACGACCUCAGGGAGGCGACGACGACGACGACGCAAGGCCUGCGCCACUUGCAUCGGUCAGGUCGAGGAGCCCUGCUCCCCCGGCUGCCAGGAGGCCUAUGCCCGACCCAAUGGAGUCUGGCCCUGUUGCUGGAAAGGAGAGCGGCAUCAUGGACCCCGAGAAGUGGUGCGCCAUGUGUGAGCGUGACGGACACGAUAGUGUGGAUUGCCCAUUCGAGGAUGCGUUCUAA